AGCCGGCUGCAGCCUCGCGGGACUCGGGACUCACUCGCUGCAGGACCGGUGGGACCGGAGUCGGGAUGACGGAACCGGACUCUGCUCCUCACGGACGCCGUGACGCACCGAGCGCAGCGCGGCUCCGUGAACCGGAUGCAUAACUUCCUGUUAGUGGUCCCGAACUUGCUGGCUGGUUCCAGAACCACGACCCAUGGACCCGGCAGGGUGCGCUGCCAGACCUGAGUGCGCUUAUCGGAUGUGUGGCUUCUGCUGCAUCAGACUGGUUGUCAGUGAUCAAUAAAUUUGAUUGUUGGUGAUUGGUAAUCGAAGCCAUGCUGCUGAGGUGCGGUCAGACCUCCUUACCCCUGCUGAGGCACACCGACGUGCCCCCGCGUGUCAUCGAGAACUUCAUCCUGAGCGGGUACCGCUUCCCCAACUACAGCCUGCUGGACUGCCUGCUGUCGGCCUUCAGGCCCACCAACGAGACUGGGAACUUCUGGACCCACUUCCUGCCGGUCUUUGUCUUCUCCUAUUACUUCGUGGAGGUGUUUGGCUGGGACGGCGCCCCGCACGGCCACCAGCCCUUCUUCUACCCGCUCUGGACCUACUUCGUGGGCGUCUUCUGCCUGCUGAUGGCGCGCAGCAUCGCACACCUGCUCAACUCCAUGUCCCUGGUGGCCCGGGAGGUCUGCUUCUUUGUGGACUACGGCACCAUCAGCACCUACACCGUGGGCUCCUCGCUGGCUUAUUACCACUACAUCCACCCUCAGCCGGUCCUGACCCAGCCCCCCGGGGUCCACAACGGCUCCCUGACCAGUCGGGACCCGAGGCCUGCCGGACCUCUCCCGCCGCACUAUGCAACCCCAAAACUGGCCAUGUUCUUCCAGACCUUCUACAUUCCAUGCUCAUGCACGGUAGCGAUUAUUUGCGUGCUGUCAUGCUGCAACACGCGGCAGACGUGGCGGCAGCACCGUUACCUCAUCCGCACACUGGUCUUCCUGCUACCGUUCCUCGUCUCGUCCACGCCCGUCUUCUAUCGCCUUCUCACCGAGUCACCUUACUCGUCCCCGUCCUCCUCCUUCGCCGUCUCCACCUCCAUGCCCGACUUGUUCUACCGCCACUGCCUCUGGCUGCUGCUGUCAGCACUCAACAUCACAAAGGUUCCUGAGCGCCUGGCGCCAGGACGCUUUGACAUCUGGGGCCACAGUCACCAGUGGUUCCACUGCUGCACCUUCCUGUCCAUUCUCGACGAGCUGCACAUGAUCCAGGCUGAGGUCAGGGCCAUCCUGCUCUGCCCAGCACGUCCGCUGAGCCCCGCUCACCUCCCAGGACCCACCGCAGCGUCCACCUACGGGGUGAUGUUCCUCCUGCAGACCACCAUCGUUUCCAUCAUUGCGUGGUUCUCCUGGCGGGCCAACCAGAUCUACAGACCUCAGCAGGACAAGCUGGCAAAGGAGCACCCCAAAAAGUGUCAUUGAGCACUGCAACGCAGGAUUACAGGAAGUCCACCUCUCAGGACAGGAAGUCUAC